GCUCCCGCCAGGCAGGGACCGCGGAGGAUCGGCUUCUCCCCGAGCGGCGGCGGCGGCUGCGGCUGAACGAGAGGCCGCCGGCGAGCAGGGUGGAUCUGGACGGCGGAAAUGAGCUCAGCCAAGAGCCGGUGCAAGACUGAUGGCCGGGUCAUGGACAAGGCCAUGAGUCAGCCCCUGCAGUGGCUCCUGCUCCUCCUCUUCCUCCUCCUCCUCAUCCUCCUCAUCCUCCUCCUCUGAGUGAUCUGGGUCUGACCCCGGCAGCAGCCAUGGCGUUCUUCACCCCCUGGAAACUCUCCUCCCAGAAGCUGGGUUUUUUCCUGGUGACUUUUGGCUUCAUCUGGGGAAUGAUGCUUCUGCAUUUCACCAUCCAGCAGCGAACUCAGCACGAGAGCAGCUCGGUGCUGCGCGAGCAGAUCCUGGACUUGAGCAAGCGCUACAUUAAGGCCCUGGCUGAAGAAAACAAGGAUGUGCUAGAUGGGCCGUACGUGGGGACAAUGACUGCGUAUGAUCUGAAGAAAACUCUUGCUGUCUUGUUGGAUAAUAUUCUGCAGCGAAUUGGCAAGUUGGAAUCCAAGGUGGACACUCUUGUGAUCAAUGGCACAGGGGCCAACUCCACCAAUGUCAGCACCACAGCUGUCCCCAGCUCAGGAGCAGUGGAGAAGCUUAACGUGGCAGAUCUCAUUAAUGGAGCCCAGGAGACAUGCGACUUGCCCCCUAUGGAUGGCUUCCCUCACUGUGAGGGGAAAAUCAAGUGGAUGCGAGAUAUGUGGCGAUCAGACCCCUGCUACGCAAGCUACGGCGUGGACGGCUCCACAUGCUCCUUCUUUAUUUACCUCAGUGAGGUGGAAAACUGGUGCCCUCGUUUACAGUGGAGAGCAAGGAACCCCAAUGAAGAAACGGAUCAGAAGGCAAUGGCGGAAAUCCAGACAGAUCUCGAUCAGCUCUACAGGACGAUGCAAAGGCAUGAGGAGUUCCGCUGGAUGGCGCUGAGGAUCCGGCGAAUGGCUGCGGCCUGGAUCGGAGCAGUCAAGUCCCUGGCUGAAAAGCAGAACCUGGGGAGGAGGAAACGGAAAAAGAUCCUCGUGCACUUGGGUCUCUUGACCAAAGAGUCCGGGUUCAAGAUCGCAGAGAACGCCUUCAGUGGGGGUCCGCUCGGUGAAUUGGUCCAGUGGAGCGACUUAAUUACCUCCCUCUACCUGCUGGGCCACAGCGUUAGGAUUUCCGCUUCCCUGGCUGAGCUCAAGGAGAUCAUGAAGAAGGUCGUAGGGAACAGGUCCGGAUGCCCUACCCAAGGGGACAAAGUGGUGGAGCUGAUUUACAUCGACAUUGUGGGACUCACGCAGUUCAAGAAAACCCUCGGUCCGUCCUGGGUCCACUACCAGUGCAUGCUGCGUGUGCUGGAUUCCUUCGGGACCGAGCCAGAGUUCAACCAUGCUCACUACGCCCAGGCGAAAGGUCACAAGACCCCAUGGGGGAAGUGGAACCUGAACCCACAGCAGUUUUACACCAUGUUCCCUCACACUCCGGACAACAGCUUCCUGGGAUUCGUGGUGGAGCAGCACCUGAACUCCAGUGACAUUCGACACAUUAAUGACAUCAAAAGACAGAAUCAGUCCCUGGUUUAUGGCAAGGUUGACAACUUCUGGAAAGAUAAGGAGAGUUACUUGGACAUCAUCCAUGCCUACACUGAAGUCCACGGGACUGUCCACGGGACAACCACCAUCCAUGUGCCCGGCUAUGUGAAAAACCACGGCAUUCUCAGUGGGCGGGACCUACAGUUUCUCCUCCGAGAAACCAAACUAUUUGUUGGGCUCGGGUUUCCCUACGAAGGACCAGCUCCCCUUGAGGCUAUCGCUAAUGGAUGUGCUUUCCUGAAUCUGAAAUUCAAUCCUCCAAAAAGCAGCAAAAACACUGAUUUUUUCAAAGGCAAGCCAACACUCCGAGAGCUGACAUCGCAGCACCCCUAUGCCGAAGUCUACAUCGGGCAGCCUCACGUCUGGACCGUCAACAUCAACAACCCCGUGGAGGUGGAGAAUGCAGUGAAAGCAAUUUUGAAUCAAAAGAUCGAGCCCUACAUGCCCUAUGAGUUCACCUGUGAGGGGAUGCUGCAGCGGAUGAACGCGUUCAUCGAGAAGCAGGAUUUCUGCCACGGGCAGGUCAUGUGGCCCCCGCUCAGUGCUCUGCAGGUCAAGCUGUCUGCCCCCGGGAAGUCAUGCAAGCGUGUGUGCCAGGAGAGUCAGCUCAUCUGCGAACCGUCCUUCUUCCAGCACCUGAACAAGGAACGGGACCUGCGGAGGUUUGAUGUGGACUGCCGCUCGGUGGAGUCCGCCAGCGACAUCACCGUCCCCUCGUUCGAUGUGCGGAGGAAGCACUGCGUGCUGCAGGGGGACCUGCUGCUGUUCAGCUGCGCGGGGGCCCACCCCACUGUCCACCGCGUCUGCCCCUGCAGGGACUACCGAAAGGGGCAGGUGGCCCUGUGCAGGGACUGCCUAUAGCCACUGCCGCCGUGGGGCCGAACGGGGCAGAGCCCGGGCCGGCGGGCCGGACAGGGCCCGGGCCGGAGGAUCGAAGCAGCCCCAGACUGUCUCGGCUCCUCACGGCCAGUGAAGGGGUCACAGGGAGGCCUGCCUCCGCAGAGCCCGCUCGGAGCCCGCUCGGCCACUGAAGGAACCGGACAGAGCUCGGACCGUGGAAAGGGUCGCGUCUGGGCAACGUCUGACCCUGAGACCUUUUUAAUAGGGAAGAGUGGGAGGGGUGGGCCGCCAACGUGGCUGUUCCUCUGCUGUCGAGAAUCAGAGUGCCCAGACGGGGCCGGAGAAUCACCUGCGGGCUCAAGUGCCCGCUGCGAACAGUGAAGGGAUCGGGGCCGAAAAUCAGAUCGAAAAUACGGGCAGGUGUGUUGCCGUGCCCUCCCAGGACCUCAGUGACUUUCUGAGUCUCAGCAAAUGCUCCCCGAGAACCGGCCCCUGUGCCCGCUGGGCCUGGCUCCGACAACGAAGCGUAGCGGCGGAUCCCUUGGGGCACCAGAUCCCUCAGCCACCUGUGUCUUUCACAUUUGCUCUGACCCCGUGGGCUGCCUGGCCCGUAGCAGCCCCAGGGGAGUCACCCUGGUACAGUUACCCUCUCCCCACUGCUACAAUAGCCGGCAUCUGCCCACUGUAGCACUGGGAGGGCAUUUGCCACCCUUUCCCUACCCGAUCGAUAGGUGCGGAACCAAGGGCCAGGUUAAGGGGAGAACCCUGGAGAACACAAACCUUGCCCACUGGCCCCUCAGCAUUGAAUGGGAGCCUGGUCAAACAGGGCAGACUGAGGCGGCAGCAGGUUCCAGCAUUUCUAGGAGGAGGCGCCACCCCCAACCCAUGAGAGGGGCCCAGUUGCCCAGGCAGGCAGAUUGACCUAUGGCCAGCCCCUUGCAGCGGAAUUGAGCCGGUGGCUUUGUGGGGCGUGCUUGAGGCAAGAACUAGAUGUCAGCUGGGCUGGCUGGGACCCUGGAGCUCUUCAGUGCUGACUUUACCAGGGUGGGGAACUGGGUA